GCAUCUUGGAGAGCUUCGGCGACGAUCGCAGCCCAGACGCGUCGCCCGGCAGUUUCUGGGACGAACCCACGCCGCGCUUCGAUCUGUCACCCGCCAGCCGACGUACCUCAAAGGAAAGCCGCAGGAAUUCAGCUUCCAGCCGCAGAAUGUCGGCAUUUACUCAGAAGACUGCAGGCAGUCGGCGCACAUCUGCUACCAGCACAGCUAGGCGACAGUCGACUGAAACAGAUGCGUCCGUCCCAUCAAGAUUUGGCUUUAACAAGCAAUCGACUGAAGAGUUCAGCACCAAAUUGGCGCGACCAGCCUCCGCUUCGGCCAUUCUGCAAGCGCGCGCACGGCUGGAGAUGCUGGAGGAUGAGCAGUCACGGAGCACCAUGGUGCAGCGGGUGAACGAAAGGGUCCGGCAGCUCGUGGAGGAGGC